UGAAGAUACCAGUUUGAAGUUGCUCUUGUAAUAAGACCAAUCCCUGCAAACAAAACCAACUUGAAAUGAAAGCGGGCGUGCUACACUGCCGUUGUUCUAAAUGCUUCACUCUACCAUUACGAAAACGGGUCCGAAAACGGGUACCCACUCGGACGCUGUUAUCACUGCCUGAAGAGGUGCUUCUGUGUGUCUUCCAGUGCUUAUCCGCUGAAGAUCUGCUGGCUGUUCGAGCUGUGCAUUCUCAGCUUCGUGAUAUAAUUGACAACAACUCCUGUGUUUGGGCAAGGGUGAGCUUCAAGGACUGCUGGCCAUGUCCAAACACAGUGUGGCUCUUUGAGAGGGCUGCAGAGAAAGGGAACUUUGAAGCUGCGGUGAAACUAGGAAUCGCAUACUUGUACAAUGAAGGACCAUCGCUGAGUGAUGAAGGACGAGCGGACACUUGUGGCAGGAAGGCUUCCCGUUUCUUCAGCCUGGCGGAAAGCCUGAGGUCUCCGCAAGCGGAUCCGUUUGUGUGGGUCUUUAUCAGGCCACCCUGGUCGCCCUCAGGAAGCUGCUGCAAGGCUGUGGUGUACGACAGGCUGCGGAUGGAGUGUGACACCAACCUGGAAAGGAGAGGUACCUUGCUUCAUUGUCUGGCCAGAGUCCUUCAGCUCUUUGAUGAUGAGGAGAAACAUGUGGAGGCCCUGGCUAUGCUGGAAGAAUCUGCCUGUAGUGGCAGCCUGCAGAGCUCCUACCUGCUGUGGGAACAUAAUCGCAGAGCGGCCAUGGCUGACCCGGGAAGAUAUCUCCAGUGUGUGCGCACUCUCAGAGACUAUGCGGCAAAGGGAUGCUGGGAAGCUCAGCUUUCGCUUGCCAAGUCAUGCGGUAGUGGAAACCCUCUGGGCCUGGAGCCCAAGGCCUGCGCUGACUUGGUGGCUCAGCUCUUCCGCUCCUGUCCAUCUCCAAGGCGACGUGUAGAGGACAUGCUGAAGCAGGGCAUUAACGAUACAAUGAGAUACAUCCUGGUGGACUGGUUGGUGGAGGUAACUACUAUGAAGGAUUUCUCUAGUCUGGUGCUACAUGUGACUGUGGGUUGCGUGGACCGCUACCUGGCCCUCCGAUCUGUACCUAAAGCCAAGCUGCAGCUGCUGGGGAUUGCCUGCAUGGUUGUCUGCACCCGGUACUUGAGUAAGGAGAUCUUGACUAUCCGUGAGGCUGUGUGGCUUACUGAUAAUACAUAUCAGUAUGAGGACCUGGUGCGGAUGAUGGGGGAGGUCAUCUCUGUACUGCAGGGCAAGAUCAGAACUCCCACUCUGCUGGAUUACGGUGAGGUGUUACAGUCUCUUUUGCCUAUGGAGAGACGCAGCGUCCACCUCUUCAGCUACAUCUGUGAACUGUCUCUGCUCUACACCUCCCUCACCGUUCCACCCACCGCUUGCCUCGCCACUGCUGCUCUCCUGCUCACCCGAGCCCUACACAGCUACGUCCCUGUCUGGCCAAGCCAGCUGGUUGAAAAUACAGGCUUCAGUAAGCAAGACCUCAUCCCCAACGCCAUGCUGCUCUACAUGAAAUGCUUCAGUAAAGAUAUUCCCAAAGACUACAGGCAUGUCUCUCUGACAGGAGUGAAGCAAAGGUUUGAGGAUGAUGCUUACCAGCAGAUUAGCAAAGAGACGAUGAUGGGGUACAAGGAGCUCUGUCAGGUGCUGGAGGUUCCAGAGGUGGAGCCUCAGAUGGAGCCUCUCAGUCCCACCGGCCAACCAGCAGACAUCCACACCUUCCUCUCCUCUCCCUCCAGUAACAGCAAGAGGCGUGAGGACAGCAUGCAAGCCCACAGAGGCAGCUUCCUGGCCACGCCCACAGCCGAGCUGUCCACUCAGGAGGAGAUGCUGCUGGGGGACAUCCUGGAUUGGAGCCUGGACACUUCCUGCUCUGGCUACGAGGGUGACCAGGAGAGCGAGGGCGAGAGGGACGCAGAGACCUCAGCCCUGGCCGUACAGCUAGAGCUGGAUGCGGAACCUGAAGACGGACGGCUGUACUGUCGUGCGCUCUCCAGCGAUGAAGACAGCCUCUGUGAAAGCCAAGCUCAGGCCCUGGAACUGUCCUCCGCUACCUGCUCGGCCGACGCUCACAGCUCGGGCUAUUCCUCCGUCCAGUGCGUCAGCCCGUCCGCGUCCUCUUCGCUCGCGCCCCGCUCGCCGUCCCCUGCCGGCCCCGCCCGGGGACCUACCUCAGCCUCCGCCUCCCCGGGCUUUCGCCUGCUCGUUCCCAUGCAGAGGCCCCAGGGCUCCGCCCGCAGGCAAGUGAAGAGGAAAAACACGGCAGCUCACAGCGGGGGUGAGGCAGAGGGCGCGGGAGAGCGCGCGGAGGGAACGGCCGAUGCCGUGGCGUUCCUGAGCCUGUGA